ACUUGUUGCCGUCGAGGUUGCAGCGAACGACUACGACUCGUCAAACAUCCAAGAAUGGUGCGUUCAAGCUGCCUCCUGGCGUGCUGCGCUCUGGCCGCGCUCCUCCUCGUCGUACCCGCUGCGGCUUACCCGAGGUAUGCAAAUAACUACUUCCGUGAAGACAUUCAAUACGAACCAGAAGAGAUUAUGGACAUGCUGAACCGCCUCGGAAACCUCAUCCAGAUCGAACGCAAAAUGGAAAACUUUAAAGACGACAUGAUCACUAGCGAGAAACGAGCUCUAGACCUCGGGCUGAACCGUGGAUACUCCGGCGCCCUACAAGCCAAACACCUGAUGGGACUAGCAGCUGCCAACUACGCAGGGGGUCCUGGCAGGAGGAGGAGAGAUGCCCAAUAAACGCAUUUCAAACCUACAAUCCGAAUUCGAAAAGAUUAAAAAUGUUAAGGCCAUUGUUUGAGCAAGACAUCUAAAAAGCUAAAUCCAGAUUCAGUCUAAACACUUUAAAUUGUAUUAAGUUGUGAGAGUUCAUCGUUACCUGGACGAAUAAACUAAAGCCAAUUGAGAACAGAGCCUCCGCGCUACAGCCAGCCCGGGCGCCAGUUUUUUGUGGUCUACAAAAUUUAUCGUGAAAAUGUAAGAUUUAAACUACAGAAACAGAGAAGCUAAUAUUACUCUCUGUGUAAUUCUUUACCCCACUAGACAUUACACUGUUACUGGUUAAGGGUGUCUAUCUACGAAACUACAAAAAGAAUAAGAGAUGGUCUUUGAUUUUGAUCUUUCUAAAUUCGGUCGUAUUACAAUAGCUACCUAUACCGUCAAGUCUUAUAACGUCAUCAAUGAAUUGGCUGGCCCAGUACAUAAUAUGUACAAAGAAAAGUAUUCCAAUAUGCAUAAUAUGCUUGGAAUUAUAAGAAAUUAAAAAAAUACUAGCGUAUUAAAGGAGUCGUGCAUGUAUUCGAUACGCAAACAAUUUAUUUAUGAAUAUAAUAGGAAAGUCGUUAGAUCGAACUAUGUAAAGAACGUUAUAUCGUCCCAAACAACUUUAACUUUCUUCUAAUUAGAAUAAAAUUAAGUAAAAUAUUCAUUUGUACGAAAUAUAAAUUGCAAUAAAAUAACUUAUUGACUUUUCUCUUAUUGACGGAACUAUAGAAUUUUACAAAAUUUAGUCUCGUGGUAUGCUUCACAUUCUUUCUAAAAAAAUUCUCUAGACGUAGUUUGUCUAUUUCAAUGCUGAAAACUUAUCUAUACCUAAAACAGUAUUUCUCAACCAGUAUUAUAUUCAAUACCUUACUUCUAUUUCUGACUAUCAAUGUAUUCUAUUCCGGUUCGAGGAUUUAAAAUACUUGCAUUAGUAUAUUUCGCUAUCUUGAAAACGCUUAACUAAAAGUAAAUUAGAUAUUUUAAUAUUAAUCGUAAGUGAAUCA